UGUUGCUGCAGGAUUCACACUGCUGUUUUACACAGAGGGUGGAACUUUCUCAGAUCAGAGUCUCACUUUGCAUUAAAUACAGCUUAUAUUAGUGUGUGUUACAGUCAGGGGGGUUAAAGUAACACACUCAGUGUGUGCAGGUGUGUGUGUGUGCAUUGGCAGGUGUGUGCUAUUUUUGCAGGUGUCUGUAUCUGUGAAGAACUUAAUAUCCGAGAUGUUCCUGAGAUAUCUGUCAGUCAGAGCUCUUCUCCUGCUCCUCGGGAUCUGUCUGAUUGGUCCUCGGGGUCUCGCCUCGGCUGCCGAGACUAAAGAGCCUACGAAAAUAGCCGUGAUUGGAGGAGGAAUCGGAGGAUCAGCUGCAGCGUAUUUCCUCAGGCAGGAGUUUGGAGCGUCGGUGAAGAUCGAUGUGUUUGAGGCGGGAACUGUAGGAGGACGUACGGCGACUGAAAACGUGAAGGGACAGGAUUAUGAAAUAGGAGCUGCUGUUAUUCAUCCGCUUAAUCUGCAUCUAAAGCACUUCGUAGAAACACUAGGUUUGUCUCCACGAGCCGAGGUUAAGACUAAAAUGGCCAUUUUUAAUGGAAAGGAGCUGACGUUUGAGGAGAGUGACUGGUUCAUCGUAAACUUCAUCCGCAUGUUGUGGCGAUACGGCUUUAACUCCUAUCGAAAAUUUGGCUGGGUAGAGGGAAUUCUGGGAAAGUUCAUGAGUGUUUAUCAGUAUCAGAAGUUUGGGUACGCUUUCUCCAGUGUGGAGCAGCUGCUGCGUUCUGUGGACGCUGAGCGGUUUCUGAAUCAGACGCUGGAGGAAGCCAUGAGGGCUGACGGAUUCUCACAGGCUUUUAUUAACGACAUCGUGACCCCGAACACGCGGACCAACUUCGGCCUGAACGCAGCACUCAACGCCUUCGUGGGUGUGGUAUCUCUGGCUGAUGGUACCUCUGGUUUGUGGUCGGUGGAAGGAGGUAAUAAGCGUAUGAGCGCUGGACUCCUGCAGCUCUGCAAAGCUGAAAUCAUCCAGGGACGAGUGACUGGGAUUACUUUAAAAACGUCCAAAAGCGCUAGCCAAUAUGAAGUGAACUACUCCGUUGACUCAGGCCCCUCCCGCUCCCUUUAUGACAUCGUGAUCAUAGCCACGCCCCUUCACAAGGGCCUCUCUGACAUCAGCUUCUCCGGCUUCUCUCCUCCAAUCCCCUCCCACUUCUCCGGAGACUUCCAACAGAUCGUGAACACUCUGGUCUUGGGUCGACUCAACAUGUCUUACCUGGGGACGGAUCAGAGAGCCGCCGACUUCCUCGUUUCUGAUAUUCUGACCACUGAUAAUAAAGCCCUGCCCUUCAACAGCUUAGCCACCGUGGCCCCGGUCAAGAUCCCGCAGGGAUACGCUCACCCACCAGCCAGUGCCAACAAAGUGUGGAAGAUGUUCUCGGCUCAGCCGCUGUCUGAGGAGCAGCUGGGGGAGAUGUUCGAGUCGCAGGAGGGCGUGUGGGUGAAGCGCUGGCUGGCGUAUCCGUCCUACACCCCACCCAACCACCGCACGCCUCCGUUCAACCUCCACGAUCAUCUUUACUACGUUAACGCCAUCGAGUGGGCCGCCAGCUGCAUGGAAAUGAGCGCCCUCUCUGCCCGGAACGCAGCACUGCUGGCGUAUAAUCGCUGGCACGGCCACGCCCACAAAAUUGACCAGGAGGACCUGGAAACUCGUCUCCGCACAGAGCUGUAGAGUUUUCUUCCUAAAAAAAGCCAUAAUUCUACAUAAUUCAGAAAUGAUGUUGUAAUCGAGUAAAACUGGCCAAUUUUAAUUGAUUUACAGUGGAGUGAAUGGUGUCGCCCUUUAACAAACAUCACGCCAACAGGGCAAUAGUGUUAUGCAAGAACUUGACGAUAUAUAAUAUAUAAUAUCACGAUAUACAGCUCUGGAAAAAUUAAGAGACCACUAUAAUUUUGCUAUUUAUAGGUUUAUGUUUGAGUAAAAUAAACAUUGUUGUUUUAUUUAUAAACUACAGACAACAUUUCUCCCAAAUUCCAAACAAAAAUAUUGUUAUUUGGAGCAUUUAUUUUGCAGAAAAUUAGUUAAUAUUCAUAAAGUUUAAAGAGUUCAGAAAUCAUCAAUAUUUGGUGGAAUAACACUGUUUUUUAAUCACAGUUUUCAUGCAUCUUGGCAUCAUGCUCUCCUCCACCAGUCUUACACACUGCUUUUGGAUAACUUUAUGCCUUUGCUCCUGGUGCAAAUGUUUUUUUAAGCAGUUCAGUUUGGUUUGAUGGCUUGAGAUCCUACAUCUUCCUCUUGAUUAUAUUCCAGAGAUUUUCAAUUUGGUAAAAUCAAACAAACUCAUAAUUGGUAAAUAAAUAAAGUGGUCUCUUAAUUUUUUUCCAAGGCUGUAUAUCGUAUAUAAAAAUGAAUUGUCAUUCUUUAUAUCAAAUUUUAGGAAAAAACACCAUAUUUACAGUUCCAGCCAAAAUCCCGUGCAACAGAGGGAACUCUUGCUCUUUCUUUCCUGAGGUGGUUCUGAUGAGUGCCAGUUUCAUCAUUAUAUUGUUUUUGAUGGUCUUUGCCGUGACUUCACUUGAGGAUACUUCUUAAAAUUCUUCUUUAAAGAAUUAAUUUUUUUUUUUUUUUUACACUAAUAAUAUCCUGGAUAUUCUUAAAAAAGCAUAUUGUUGAUUCAAUAAAAUAUCAGUACAUUGCCCAGCUCUGACACCAAACUUUACAUCUAAACUGAUAAUUAAAAUCAAUACUGUUUUUGUAGUAGAGACAAGUAUACUUCAAACUACAGUUUUUAAAUAUUUUGCUACACUCCUGAAUUAAAACACAAGUAAUAGCCUUAUUUUAUCUACUAUCCAAACCCUCCAGUGAUCUUACAUGUGCCUUCUGGGUUUUAUAUGGUACGUUUAUAAUGAUAAAAUUGUGUCAAAUCUGAAAAGAAAAAAAAAUUCUCUGGGAACUAUUUUGCUGCACACAGUCCUUAAUGUAUCCCUCCGCCUUUAAUGUUUUUUAGAACCACUAACUGUAUUAAAAACACGCAAAAUCUUGGGGUUGUGAGCAGCUAAGCACAUUCAAAUCACAAAUACUAUAUUUUAUUUUGAGUUUGAAAAAGUUGACUUUUAUAUUUUGAUGCUUUGAACCUUUAGAAGCAGCUAUAUCACCUUAUACAGAAAAUCUAGCGUCUAUUUUUUAGAUUGGAUGUAAUAAAUAUAUUUUUGUGUUUAAAACAGAGCCACCUGUACCUUUAUUAAUCAAAAAUCCAUAAAAUACAUCUGAUACCUUACAGUACAGGGAGUUUAAGAUUUGAGGAUACAUUUAGUAGGUUAAUUUACUUUACUUUAGUACUUGUGCUACAGAUUUUCACCCGUCCUUCAGAGAACUUUAAUUACUUUUCAUAUUUUAUUUUUGUCAAAACUUGUAACAAAUUACUUGUUUCAAACUUAAAGGGAAAGGAUUUAAUAUAACAAAUAAUUUUAGUUUAUACAUUUUGUCCUGCUAAAUGUGAUGAGUAGGUACUGUUGUGAUUGUUCAGUUUUUGCGCCCUCUGCUGUUAUGUAUUAUUCAAUUAAUAAGUGUUGUUUAAGAGUAUAUUCUUUAGACUUGGUUUAGAGAUUUAAACGGAUGUUACUUAUUAAUUAGUGUACACAUUGCAUAAACAGUCAUAUAUUAUUGAAUUUAUUGAUUUGUAAUAAGCACUGAGGCUUAAAAAUGACACUUGAUCUUUUUUGAGUGUGAGCUGUUGUCACUGGUAUGAAUUGCACUGUAGUAACGUAGAAAAUCAUUAUUUGUGUGAACAACAAAUGUGAUUUGUAAUAAUUUGGAUCAGACAAACAAUUUUGACAAUUAUUAGUUGUUUACUGUUGUUCAGAUUCAAUAAUAAAACACUAAUGUAAUUGUAUAAAAAAA